AGGACCCGGCGGGCCGGAGCUGCGGCGGGGCCUGGGCGGCCAGAGCGGCGCGGACCCCGGUUCUCGGCUCCCGGCGCCAUGUGACGGGGUGCGGGGGCCGCGGGGGGCCGGGCGCUCCCCGGCGGAGAUGAGGAAACUGAGGCUCAGAGAGGUCACAUGGCUUGCUCGAGGCCCCCCAGCCAGUAAGUGUGGACCCGACAUUCGCACUGGCACCUGAUACGCUGUUCUGACCAUGGCGUUCUCAGAGCAGGACCGUGACGGGGCUGACCAGGGGAACCGUAGUCCUGGCUGAGGGCACUGCUCAGGCAAAGGUGUGACCCCACAACCUUGCCCCCCGGGCCACCUGCCGGACGCUGGCCUCUACCCUUCAGCAGACGCCGGAAAGAGAUGAGUAGCAACAAAGAGCAGCGGUCAGCAGUGUUUGUGAUCCUCUUUGCCCUCAUCACCAUCCUCAUCCUCUACAGCUCCAACAGUGCCAACGAGGUCUUCCACUACGGCUCCCUGCGGGGCCGCACACGUCGGCCAGUUAACCUCAAGAAGUGGAGUUUCUCCAGCGCCUACUUCCCUAUCCUCGGCAACAAGACGCUGCCGUCCCGGUGCAACCAGUGUGUGAUCAUCACCAGCUCCAGCCACCUACUGGGCACCAAACUGGGCCCUGAGAUUGAGCGGGCUGAGUGCACCAUCCGCAUGAACGAUGCUCCCACCUCUGGCUACUCGGCCGACGUCGGAAACAAAACCACCUUCCGCGUAGUGGCCCAUUCCAGUGUGUUCCGUGUGCUGCGGAAGCCCCAGGAAUUUGUCAACCGGACCCCUGAGACGGUGUUCAUCUUCUGGGGACCCCCAAACAAGAUGCAGAAGCCCCAGGGCAGCCUCCUGCGCGUCAUCCAGCGGGCGGGCCUCAUGUUCCCGAACAUGGAGGCCUACGCCGUCUCUCCCGCCCGCAUGCAGCAGUUUGACGACCUCUUCCGGGGUGAGACGGGCAAGGACAGGGAAAAGUCCCAUUCCUGGUUGAGCACGGGCUGGUUUACCAUGGUGAUUGCGGUGGAAUUGUGUGACCAUGUGCACGUGUAUGGCAUGGUCCCUCCUGACUACUGCAGCCAGCGGCCCCGCCUGCAGCGCAUGCCAUACCACUACUAUGAACCCAAGGGGCCGGACGAGUGUGUCACCUACAUCCAGAACGAGCACAGCCGGAAGGGCAAUCACCACCGCUUCAUCACCGAGAAGAAGGUCUUCUCGUCCUGGGCCCAACUCUACGGUAUCACCUUCUCCCACCCCUCCUGGACCUAGCCAUCCUGUCCACCGAUCUCGGACAGAUGCAAACGAAGUGGCUCUGGGCCCAGCCAUUUAACCAUGGCCAUCUUCCAGCCAGUUCAGGCUGGCUGGAGUAUUUCCCAGCCAAUCAAAUCAGGGCCUUGAUGAGGGUUUUUUUUUCCUCCAGCCAAUCGGGGCUGGGGUUAUCUCUUGGCCAAUCAGGGAUUUGGAAUUCUGUAUGGUUUAAUCGGGUGUCAGGGGGUCUUUCUCGUCUAGUCAGGGUCUGAGCGUAGUCUAUCAGGGUAUAGGGGUCUUUCUGAGUCAAUCUGAAGCUUAGGACAUGUUUUUUCCCAUAAGGCUUUGCUUCAGAGCCCCAGGAAUGGGCCCCCAAAUCACUCCCUCCUUAGCUGGGACAAUGAGGUCCUGUCCUAAGGAUCUGAGGACUUGGUGUUUACUCCACAGUUGCCAGAAUCAGAGCUACUGUAUGGGGGAGGGGCUGCCAGGAGGCCAGGCCAAAGGAUUUGUGGAGUUCUAGGAGUGGUAGGGAAGCCUAGGAGGUAGGAGGCGGUGUCCAGUUCCCGGUUUCUUCCUGAGUGACCUUGAACAGACCCUCUUGUCUUUCUGGUAUGCUGUGAUGACAUCAUAGCUCCGUAUGUGGAGACCCUCACUCUCCGUUAUACUUAAGUGUAAAUUCCUCAGCUACCAUUCCUCACUGGGGGACUCAGCUCCCUGGGGAUGGGGAGCCUGGGGUACCCUUCCCUGCCUCCUUCUAGAAACUUUAGGGUAUUUUUGUGCAAGUGCCCCCCAUGGUUGGGGGAUCCUGACAGAAAUGGGGCAAACAUGAAGCUGUUUCUCUAGCCCCUCACUCCAGCUGCCGUUAGCCUGGCUCUAGAAAGGCCAGGCAUCUCUUCCUACCCUCCAGCAGGAGAGCAUUCCCUGCUGCCCGAAGGAGCCUUUGGGACUGAGGAAGGGGUAUCUCAGCCACACCAGGGCUUCGUGAAGUUUUUGUCUGGAAAUGCUGAGGGCUUUGGGGAGAAGUAUCCUCCCCCAAGUUUGGGAUGAGACUAGAGAUGGGGACUGGGUUCUGUCCCUUGCUUAAGCACUUUAUUAAGGGCAGGACUGGGUGUGGGUGUGGGUGACCCCCAUUCUUCCACAGCCUGCAAGGGAAGGGCUUCCAGAAAGGCUGUGGACUGGGGGUUGGGGGGGACUAGCCAGCAGUGAGCCCUGCACAGCAAGGUAAUGGGGGUUGGGCAGUGACAGCCCCAGAUCUGGUUUUGUAAUGAUUUAUACAGAAAUAAACACGCCUAAGCCCAACUC